CGAUAACCACCAGAAACAAACGGGGAAAAAAGAGAGAGAGAGUAGUAUCGAAGGCGAGCUAAGGAGACGAGAGGGACAGAGAGAGACUCGGCAACGAUCAUGGCGGCGAGCGCAGAAGCAGAGGCGUUGGACUUCGAGCCCGAGGAGGAUGACCUCAUGGACGAGGACGCCGACACCUCCCCACGUGCCCCGCCCCCAAAGCUCCGCUCCGCCAUCACCGGAGGCUCCUCGUCUCACUCCGCCCCGCGCAAGACCAAGGGCCGUGGUUUCAGAGAUGAUGCAGACGCUGAGAGGAACAGCAAUCUCUCCGGUCGUGACUUCGAUUCCCUCAACUCCACCGGUGGGCGCGGCCCCCAACGAUCCAUUGAAGGAUGGAUCAUACUUGUCACUGGAGUUCAUGAGGAGGCUCAGGAGGAUGAUCUCCAGAAUGCAUUUGGAGAGUUUGGCGAGAUCAAGAAUCUGCACUUGAAUCUUGAUCGGCGCACUGGAUUUGUCAAGGGUUAUGCAUUGAUCGAGUACGAGAAUUUCGAGGAAGCACAGGCUGCUAUAGCUCAGAUGAAUGGGACAGAACUUCUCACACAGACUAUCAAUGUUGAUUGGGCUUUCUGCAGUGGCCCCAUCGUUAACAGAAAGAGGAAUAUGAACCGAAGAGAAACACGAGGGCAUCGUUCACGGAGUCCCGGCAGGAGAUACUAAUGCUGUUUAUUGGGUUUGUGAUGAUGUGAGGGUGUAUGGAUCUGUCAAGAGACGGGAGUUUUAUGGAUAAUGUCAUUUUCGCAAUUUUAUUUUAUCCGUUGAGGAUCUCUUGCUUUGUCGCCACCUCGUAAGUGAUAUUUUGAAGUAGUGAGGUUUGUUUAUUUGUACUGUAACGACUUAUUCGUGCUUGGAAGUUCUAAUCCAACUGUUUGCUGGCCCACAUUCUGUUA